GUAAAUAAAUAGUACAGUAAAUUGCCUGCAUAUACAUUUUUGAGCAUUCGCGCACGACCUCUAAAAAUUAUCCAAUUAACCAACAGAAAAUUUGCGAUUACUAUACCACAUCAAAAAUACACUGAAGACUUUAAUCUGAUUAAGGCUCCAGAAAGAUUCACAGAAUACAAAUUUAAUAAACGAUGUCAGGUGGUCCAGUUCCAGUAUGGAAGAAGUAUACUACCCAAUCAACCGGUAUUUGGGAAAAAGUCAGACAAAUUUUAGCUUUAGUACCAAAUAGAUCUAGUGGUAAUCCAAUUGUCAAUCGUUUCCGUGUAGAACCACCAGGAGCAAGAAUUUCAGACGCUAAAAAGUAUGUAGAUCCUAUAACUUUACCAGCUGGUGAUAUUGCUGGUAAUGCAUACCAUAAGAGAGAUUAUAGAAGAAAUUAUCCUCAAGUUCAUGGUUUUGAUCAAACCAAAGUUUCUGGUUUAUUACAAUUAGGUUCUGCUGAAAAACCAAGAAUUUCAAUUGGUGAUAAAGGUACUCAAGAAUUAUCUGUAUUUAUUGAUUCAAAUCAACCUAUUAGUUUAGCUACUACUUUACAAUCAGUUCCAGCCAAUGUCAUAAAAGGUGAAUUAUUAGGUCAAUCUGGUGAACCAAUUGUAGCACCUUCAUUAAAUAAAUUCCAAUGGAGAAUUUUAGAAGAACCAGAACAUGGUAUGUUCACUGAUCAAUAUCCAUGUCGUAUCUUUACUGAAAAGAGGGUUAGUGCUCAACCUUAAGCAAGAAGUUCUAUACUUCAAAGUCAUUAUUAUUCUUAGCAUCACACUUUAAUUCCAAAUUACGAUAUAUCACAAAGGACCAAUUCAUAUUUAAAGGCAUCACAAAGAAUCAAAUAUAAUUUGAUAUCCCUUUUUAUUCAUCUGUACUUUAUUAUUCUUCAUUAUUUUCAUUAUUAGAACUCUUUAUUUACAAAAUAUA